CUCGCACUACCCUCGUAAGCAACGAAAUGCCAAUCUAACAUUAUCCUUUAAUAAUUAUUUAUCUCGACUUUCAAGACCGUUAUCAUAAUCAUCUUCGAAAAGACGACCGCAUCAUGGCAGAGGUGAUACAGCCGGGAUCAAGCCAGCUUGAUUCAAUGAAAGAUGAUGUCAAACAUGUAUAUUUCCACUCUGGAUCAGAAGCGACGUAUCGAGUGGUAUCAGAGAACGCAUCCGGCUUCACGUCUAUACCUAUCAUCGACCUGACUGAGCUAGAUGGCCCUCUUCCUCAGCGCAUGAAAAUUGCGAAAGAAAUCUUCAAAGCAUGUCACGAGUGUGGUUUCUUUUACAUCAGAAACCACGGGAUUUCCCUGGAGCUCAUCACAGAAACUUUCUCACUGCUCAGGAGAUUCUUUGCGCUCGACUUGGACACAAAGAUGAUAGCCCACGUACAAAAGAACCCGGCCAUUCGAGGUUAUGAACCCAUGCUAGAAACACGUCUAGAUCCUAGAACAUCCGGAGACAUCAAAGAAGCUUUCACCAUGGGUGAUUGUGCCAUCGAGCCGGAGCAAGACUAUAUAGGUAGAACUGGGAAACCGCCUCCAGCUCAUAUCACUCGACCACAGAAUAUUUGGCCAGAAAGCGCACCAUGGUGGCGGGAUGGGCUGUACAAAUACUACCACCAUGUCUUCCCUUUAUCAAUGAAGCUCGUCCGCAUAUUUGCACUAGCAUUCGGCCUUGACGAAGCUGCUCUGGACGACAAAUUUCGAUUCCCGAUAACAGGCAUGCGGCCACUUUACUAUCCACCGAUGACCGCGACGGAUAAUGAGGCCAGCGUUGGGUUGGGGGCGCAUGCAGAUUUUUCUUGGCUGACUUUAGUGUUGCAAGAAGACAAUGUACCCGCACUCGAAGUGCUCAAUGCCGAUGGCGUUUGGGUCAAUGCGCCCCCAAGACCUGGUACGCUGGUCUGCAAUGUCGGGCAAUAUCUCGAACGUCAGACAAACGGGCAAUUCCCUGCGACGGUCCACCGGGUCAGGAAUCAGACGGGGCAGGAGCGAUACUCGCUUCCUUUCUUCCUGACCAUGGAUCCAGAUGUCGACCUGGGUGUGCUGGAUAGCUUCAAGGAGCCAAACGCGGCGCCGAAGUAUGACAUUAUAAACGUAGGAGAUCUUUACAUCCGCCGCGUUUUGCCAGCAAGGAAGAAGCACCCCACCAGCAUCAAGUACGUGGAUACACCUCAAUGCGAAUGGUCGUACCGAAUGCUGCUAUCUUAGAUUAUGAGGGGAUACUCUGGCUGGUUGUCCAUGGGGCCGCCAAAGCUGUAAAGGUCAAUGUCGGUGUUGAAGCGUAGCAAGGGCUGGGAGCCGUUGUAGCGGCCAGACCGUUUGUAGCGUAGGCUCUGCGUUAGGCAAGAAUAUAGGGGUUGCUCUGCCGCUGAGUCAAGAAUUUAUCAGCCGUGAACAGUCC